UCACGACAAAUCAAAGUGGAUUGAGCGUACUGCUUGUACCGCCCGUGUGUGGACUGACUGACGGUUGUUGUCGGAGGUCUGCUGGUAAUUGUGGAUCACGGUAUUCAGGUUAAGAUGCGACGUUUGCACUUCCCGACCUAUUUUUCCAAAGUAUGACGGACGGACUCUGUGGAUAAGAGCGGAUAUCUUGUGCCCAACACCGUUUCCUAAGUGAGUCCAGUUUAUCGGAAGCAUGGAGACUCUGAUCCCGACCAUCAACCGGCUGCAGGAGGUCUUCCUCACCGUGGGUGCAGAGGUCAUACAGCUACCUCAGAUAGUCGUGGUUGGAUCUCAGAGCAGUGGAAAGAGCUCGGUGCUGGAGAGCCUGGUCGGAAGGGACUUUUUGCCACGGGGAUCAGGAAUCGUCACAAGACGACCGCUGGUGUUGCAGCUGGUGAAUGUUGCCCCUCUGGAGGAGAGACUGAAGACGGAGAACGGACAUGGGGUAAAACAAAAUACCCAGAACAGCUACCCAGGUGUCAAAGCUGAAGAAUGGGGCACGUUCCUUCACUGCAAGAACCAGAUCUUCUCAGAUUUUCAGGAGAUCCGUCGGGAAAUUGAAGCAGAGACUCAUCGCGGUUCAGGCGACAAUAAGGGAAUCAGCCCUGAGCCCAUAUAUGUGAAGAUUUUCUCCCCCAAAGUCCUAAAUCUAACUCUGGUUGAUUUACCAGGAAUCACUAAGGUUCCUGUUGGGGACCAGCCAGAGGACAUCGAGAAUCAAGUGCAAGAAAUGAUCUUGUCCUUCAUCUCAAAUCCAAACUCCCUCAUCCUCGCUGUGUCCCCUGCCAACUCUGACUUGGCCACCUCCGAUGCGUUGAAAUUGGCCCGUGAGGUCGAUCCAGAUGGUCGUCGAACACUGCUGGUUGUCAGUAAGCUGGACCUGAUGGAUGCAGGGACUGACGCACUGGAGGUCCUUCUGGGUCGAGUCAUCCCAGUCAGACUCGGGAUCAUCGGGGUGGUCAACAGGAGCCAGCACGACAUCAACACACAGAAGAGCCUGUCGGACUCGUUGAAGGACGAGCAGGUCUUCCUGCAGCGUCACUACCCCUCGCUCGUCUCACGUGCCGGGUCGCGCUAUUUGGCCAAAACACUCAGCAGACUUCUCAUGCACCACAUCCGCGACUGCCUGCCUGACCUCAAAACCCGUGUGACUGUGCUGACUGCCCAAUUCCAGGCAAGGCUCAAGAGCUAUGGACAGCCUGUAGAGGACCACAGCGCCACCCUGCUGCAGAUUGUCACCAAGUUUGCCAGCGAUUACUGCCACACAAUCGAAGGCACCGCGAGAUACAUCCAAACCACAGAGCUCUGCGGAGGAGCUCGGAUGUGUUACAUAUUCCAUGAGACCUUUGGCCGCACUUUGCAAUCCAUCGACCCCCUCGGGGGACUGACUGAGCUCGAUAUCCUCACUGCCAUCCGCAAUGCCACGGGUCCGCGACCAGCGCUCUUUGUGCCCGAGAUUUCCUUCGAGUUGCUGGUGAAGCGGCAAAUUAAGCGGCUGGAGGAACCGAGUCUGCGCUGCGUGGAGCUCGUUCACGAAGAGCUGCAGAGAAUCAUCCAGCACUGCUCCUCCUUCAGCACUCAGGAGCUUCUACGAUUUCCCAAACUGCACGACUCCAUUGUGGAAGUAGUGACUGGAUUACUGAGGAAGCGGUUGCCGAUUACUAAUGAAAUGGUACACAAUUUAGUUGCGAUAGAGCUCGCCUACAUCAACACCAAGCAUCCAGAUUUCACAGAUGCAGCUCAGGUCUCAGCAUCUGUCAACAGCCAGCAGGCGGAGGCUCUUGACGGAGGCAAGCGCUGGAAGAAUGAGAAGGUUGCGGAUGAGAAAGCGCCCCCUGCAGGCUUUGGCAGCCCCAGCAGAAGCCAGGCCAUUAACCUCCUCGACACAGCUGUACCUGUAUCACGUAAGCUGAGUGUGAGAGAGCAGAGGGACUGUGAAGUCAUCCAGCGCCUGAUCAAGUGCUACUUCCUCAUUGUCCGCAAAAGCAUCCAGGACAGUGUGCCCAAGACGGUGAUGCACUUUCUGGUGAACUACGUGAAAGAGCAUCUGCAGAGUGAGCUGGUGGGCCAGCUUUACAAACAAACACUGCUGCAGGAUCUGCUCAUCGAGUCACAGGACACGGCACAGCAGCGGACAGAGGUCGCUCAAAUGCUGGAGGCGCUCAAAAAGGCCAGCAACAUCAUCUCUGAGAUUCGAGAAACCCACCUGUGGUAGCCAGAGGACACAAACUAAUUCCCCUUGUCAUAGGACACCUCUGACAGUGUGAGAGUGGAUGUGGGUUUACAGCACUGAAAGUAAAAGUGUGUGCGUGUGUGUUUACAAAUGUGCGGCAGCACUUGGGUUUUUCUCAUGGACCAGUGACAGCAGCACAUUUGGAUCUUUAACUCUGGGGCUGUUGCUUUUCACUGUGAACGCUGUGUCGAGAGGGACGACGAUCAAACACCGGGGGCCAGAAGUGUUAUAGCAAAAUCUAAAUGACAGAAACAUUUUGCAUACAUUUGUGACAAAAUGUUUCUGGUCGUAUACGUUUGUCGCUUGAGAUGUAAAAAAUGUCAGUUAUACAGUAUGUGGAGUAUUUAAAGAGAUAGUUCGAUGUUUUUUGAGAGUGUGGUUGUAUGAAGAAUUGACAGCACUGACUUUGGAACCUCUCAGGAACCUGAGACACAGACAAUUGAUAAAAAGCUCACCUAUUAAAAUGUGCCAGUUUAAUUCUACUGUAUUUUAAGAAUACAUGCACCACUUUUUCCUCUCUGUUAAAUGGCCUUUUCUGCCUGGAAAGCAGAAGUUUGUAAACCUCUCCCUUUGCCAAACCAAACUCCUUAAAAGAAAUCAGCGUUUUUAGCUUGUGGGGAUACAGGAGCUGCUGGUCCAAUGGGCAAGUUUGUGUCACUUGGGUAAAUCUGAUUGAAGGAUUUCAAAAAGGCACAAAAUAACACGUAUUGAAUUUACUGACGGUGGCAGCUGUGGAUCAACAGCUCCUGUGUGCAGUGAUGUAAAAACACGAGAUUUUCUCUAAGGACUUUGGCGUGUGGGAGAAAAGCAGUUUAUAAAACGACACAAAGCUCAGUUUCCAGUCAGGAAAAGUUGUCUCAUGGCAAGAUGAAGUGACGUUCUUAUCGAUAUAUCGAAGUCAGCACUCGGUCUGUGUCAGUACCUCAUACGCCACCCUGCACUGUCCCUUUCUCUUGGUUUUUUUUUUGGAUCAAAAUGUAACUCACACUUUCUAAAUUGGGGGCUUUGUCUGAGCCCCUUUAACAGGUGCUAAAAAAUUCUGUUCCAUGAUUUGCAUUGCAACUUUGCUCUCCUGUGAUCCGAGCUCUCACCAGAGAUGGAGGUGAAGUGGAAAUCCAGCUCACUCGGUGCUGACUGCAGUGCAACACUGCAGAGACACACACCAGUCAUUUGAAAAGAUCACAGCAUGAAUGCAGAUGAUUUUCUUCUUCUUUUUCCCAGCUCGGGGGGGUAAAAAAAACAAACUAUCAGGUUUAUUUACAGUGUCAUUUACAUAUCCGCUUAUUUAAUUUCUGUUGCACUUCAUUUGUCAAGUCAGACAGGAGGAGAUCAAACAUUCCCGAUACGUUUGCCUCUGUUUAUGAGAGGUUUUUAGGAGAAUACAUCACAGAGACGGGCAGCUAUAUGUAUGUAGUCUGUAUAUGCUAUAGUGACAGUGACUUGUGUUUUUAAAAAUGAAUAGGACAUUAAAUAAUCAGGUUACAUCCUAUGGCUUAAUUGUUCUGUAACUUCUCUUCACCUCCUCUCACUAAUUACCCACUGGUUUCCUCUUUAAAUGCUACAGAGAACAGCUUGUUCCACAUCAAUGACCCUCUCCAAACAACUGCUGCCACAAAUAAAAGAGAUUCAGUGUG